AUGGUGGCUGUCACAAUGUCCCUACCAACAUUAGGCAGCGUCCUUCUGGGGCUGGCCCUUUUGUAUUUUGCAAAGUCAGUGCUACUCCGCAAGAAGACGUCUGCACCACUGCCCCCAGGCCCGAAGCCGAAGCCGAUCAUUGGAAAUCUGCGGGAUCUGCCGCGACCUGGACAGCAGGAGUGGGUUCACUGGUUGAAAUUCAAGGAGCUCUAUGGCCCAAUCAGUUCGGUCUCGAUGUUUGGCCAAACCAUCAUUAUCCUUAAUGACCACCAGGUGGCAGUUGACCUCAUGGAAAAGCGCUCUGCCACAUACUCAUCCCGACCUCGAAUGGUCUUUGCCGGGGAAAUAGUGGGCUGGGAAGACGUGUUAGGCUUUCAGGGAUACUCCGAUCGCUUUCGCUUUUAUCGCAAAGUGUUGCAUCGCGUUCUGGGUACCAAGGCUCUAAUGUCACGCUUCAACCCCUUGCAGGACGUUGAAGUGCGGCGAUUUCUUCUGCGCGUUUUGCGGAAGCCGGAUGACUUGAUUCAACAUAUUCGAACGGAGGCCGGAGCGGUGAUUCUCAAGAUCGCUUAUGGAUAUAACAUUGAGCCCAAUGGCCCUGAUCCCCUCGUUGACUUGGCAAACGAAGCAAUGGAGAAUUUCUCAGUUGCGGGGAAUCCAGGGACCUGGCUGGUCGACACCAUUCCUCUUUUGAGAUACCUUCCCGCCUGGUUCCCAGGCGCUGGAUUCAAGCAGACAGGCUAUGCUUGGAGAAAGACAUUGCUCACAACCAUUGAGAAGCCAUAUCAACUUGUGAAGCAGCAAAUACGUCAGGGUUCGUACUCACCCUCAUACUUGGCUAGUGCCCUCGAACAAAGCGAGGGAAAGCCUACUGCUGAAGAAGAGUUUGCGAGCAAAUGGACGGCUGCAUCACUUUACCUAGGAGGGGCGGACACUACUGUAUCGUCGUUAUCCUGCUUCUUCUUGGCAAUGGCAUUAUACCCCGAAGUCCAGCGCAAAGCCCAAGAGGAGAUCGAUCGUGUCAUAGGGCCGAACAAGCUUCCUACGUUUGACGAUCGUGAGAAGCUCCCAUACAUUGAGGCCGUGGUCAAGGAAACCCUUAGAUGGCACCCUGUGGGCCCGAUGGGCAUUCCGCACUUGGUCACUGAGGAUGAUGUAGAGUUCCACCCAAUCUAUUCUACAUCUGACCGUUGUAGGUGGUUCACACAUGAUCCCACUAUCUAUCGUGAUCCCGAGACGUUCAGACCUGAGCGUUUCCUGGGCGACAAUCCUGAGCUCGAUCCGCAUAGCCUUGUAUUUGGUUAUGGCAGACGCAUCUGUCCUGGUCAAUUCUUAGCAGAUGCAACCGUCUUCCUCAGUACUGCACAGUCUCUGACGGUUUUCAAUUUCUCUAAGCCAGAAGGGGAAGAUCUACAGGCUGAAUUUCUCCCGGGUGUUAUCAGCCACCCGGCACCAUAUAGUCUCGAUAUCACCCCUCGGAGCGCUGCCCACGAAGCAUUGAUCCGUUCAGUGGAAGUGGAGCAUCCGUGGGAAGAGAGCCACGCGAAAGAGCUCGAGAAGGUGGGGUGUUGA